GUGCUGGCACGGGGUUCAAUUACAUGGGCUGUGGUGGGGUUGAUCCUCUCCCCCAGUUUAAUCUCUUGAUCCAUCCUCGCACUCUCAUCUCACGUUACCUAUGAGGGGUAUAAAAACUCGCGACAUGAUUACCAUGUCGUGACUUCUAAGAAUUGCUCUAGGCUAAACUCCCUCCAGCCUUCUUCCAAACAAGUAGAACUUGAUCCACCAUGUCUCCGACCGACAUGCCCACUCGCACACUUGGUCAUGCCCGCGUGUCUGCUAUCGGCUUUGGCGCUAUGGGCAUUGGCGGCUAUUGCUAUGGAAGUGAUGUUGGGAGCGAUGAGCAGCGUUUCAAAGUGCUUGACCGAGCCUACGAACUCGGCUGCAGGUUUUGGGAUACAGCCAACAUUUACGGUGAUUCGGAGGAACUGAUCGGCCGAUGGUUCGCCGCCAAUCCCGACAAGAGGAAGAACAUCUUUCUCGCCACCAAGUUUGGCAUCCGUAACAGCGCCAUCGCGGAACAAACGGAUUCUGACGACUCAAACCCAAGGGUUGAUGGAAGUCCUGAGAACGUGCGACUGAGCUGCGAGCUCGCACUGAAGAAGCUGCAAGUCGAUAGUAUCGACCUUUUUUACAUUCAUCGCAUCGAUGCCCGCAUUCCGAUCGAGAUUACCGUGCAAGCAAUGGUCGAUCUAGUCAAGGCUGGUAAAGUUCGUUACCUCGGCCUGUCAGAUCCAUCCUCUUUAGCCCUCCGUCGGGCUCAUGCCGUGCAUCCCAUUACCGCGGUUCAGGUCGAGUACGCCCCGACCACGUUGGAUAUCGAAGAUCCGAAAAUCGGCCUUCUGCAAGCUUGUCGUGAACUGGGAGUCAAGGUCAUCCCAUGGAGCCCGCUCGGCCGAGGCAUUUUGACAGGACAAUACAAAUCGGCUGACGAGUUUCCUCCCGACGAUUAUCGCCGCAUCUUGCCCCGUUUCCGGCCGGAGAACUUCCCCAAGGUUCUCAAGGCCGCUGAUACAUUGAAAGAAAUCGCGGAUAACCACGGCGCAACAGCUGGGCAGGUUGCUCUGGCCUGGAUCUUGGCCCAAGGGGAUGAUUUCAUCCCUAUCCCGGGGACGAAAACGUGA